AUGCACUCAGAAUCCGCCAUCGGAGGUGAUAGUGAUGCCCGGGAUGAGCCCAACUUGGGCUUCAGCAACAACGACGUUUCCUACUUGAUCUAUGAGCCUCUCAACCCUACCAUUGAUGAGAUCCGGCUGCUCACUCUUCAUCCGGCUUCACAGGCAGAUUCACCACUUUUUUGCACACUUUCCCAUGCGUCCCUUGCUGCAGAAAUUCCAGCAUAUGAAGCCCUGUCUUACGUAUGGGGAAAACCCAAUCUCUCAGCAUCCAUAUUGCUGAAUGAUGUCAACUUCCACGUCACGCCAAGCCUGGCAUCUAUUUUAUCUGCUCUGCGACUCGACGACCAAAUCAGGGUCCUCUGGAUUGAUGCCCUUUGCAUCAACCAGUCAGAUGUCCAGGAGCGCAGUCAGCAAGUUGCCCUGAUGCGCAAGAUCUACUCUUGCUGCCGACAAGACAUUGCAUGGCUAGGCGAGCUGCCAGAUAAUGACCCAGAUCUUGAACCUUCUUGCAAUAACCCGUAUAGGUUCCGUUCGCAGAGAUCGACCGUCAGGGAAGGGAUGGAAUUUAUGUGUCAGUUAACACAAAAGAACCCCGAAACCCUCAAGUCACUUCGAGAUAAGUUCGACAACCUAUUCUCGGAAGAAGACCAUUCCCCACCACGGCAAGAUGGUUUCGAGCAUGUCCCAGAUCUCCUCCUUGGUCGCAAUGACCAAGAGAAGCUCUCGGCUCUCUUCCGCCGCCCAUCUUUCUGGGAUCGACUAUGGAUUGUCCAGGAAUUAUCAAUGGCACCACACGUGGUUCUGAUGUGCGAGGGAGCUGAACUAAACUGGGACGCCUUGUCAGCUUUGUUCGCGGAUGAACCGUAUUUCGACGCCUUCCAUACCACGGACCAUCACGGCGGCUAUAGAUUUUUCAGCAGCAUAUUCUUAACGGUUAAGCUAGUCGAAGACCAGCGCCAAUUGUCCAGCAGUGUCCUUCCAACGCGAGAUGAGUCAAACCUGUUCGAUGUCCUAAGUCGAUUCCGAAACUUGCGAUCGACAGACCCAAGAGACAAGAUAUAUGGAUUGCUUGGCCUGGUGACUCAAGACCACGGCAUCAUCGUCGAUUACUCGAAGCCUUUGCAUGAUCUGUAUAAGGAGGCGACUUUAUCGAUUAUCAACCUCUCCAAGAACUUGGAUAUCAUCUGCCAGAACCCAUUCGAACGCGAGGGUGGACCAUUGGUACUUGGACGAAGUGAAGAUGCAGCUCAGGCGCCAGAAAUCUUUCCUUCCUGGACCGCCGAGUUUCAUCUGGGGCGGCCCGAUUGUGUUUCGAUCCUUUUCGCGCAACGCGGCAUCUUCGAGGCUAGCUCAAGGAAACUGGAGACGCCAUGUCGGUUGCUAGGGCCGAAGAAGGAUGUGUUGAUCUUGAAAGGGAGCGUGCUGGGCCAUAUCGGGCCUGUCCUCCAGGGAGACUCUCCCAACUUGAACGUACGGACCGAAGCGAAGAAGAUCAUGAGAAUGUAUUUUGGACAAGAUACUCUCGAUGACCCUAACCGACAUGAUUACGCGCCAAUCAUCGGUGGCAAACAAGUUUGUCCUAAGGAGACACUCAUCCGGGCCUAUUGGCGCACGCUGGUCAAAGAUUGUACAGCGCCCCCAAGAAUGCGACGGCUACUAGAGUCAGAGAUUGAAUCUCUGAACCCCAUCAACCGAGGCCAUCUCCAGGCUGGACAAGUACUUCAAACGUUCCAAAUCUCCGUGGACGAAAGCAAGUCCAGGUCAGCGUUCUCCUAUCACCCUGGAAAAGAUUCCGACUUUAUAGAAAUCGAGGAAUCCAAAAGUUUGGAGUUGACAUUCUUGCCAUGGAUAUCCUACUCCAAUCGGGACUGGAUGUUCACUGUGGCUGACAACGGUCUUUUCCUCCUCGCCCGUCCAGGGGUGAGACAAGGCGAUGUCAUAGCAGUUUUGGAGGGAGCUAAAAUUCCCAUGGUACUUCGCAGGGCUGAGGCAAAUCACGAGCAUCAAGGCCUGGGAGAGGUCUACCAGGUUGUUUGUUCAACAUACGUCCAUGGGUUUAUGGAUGGUGAAGCCGAGAGAGGAGUUUCUGAAGGCUGGUUAGAGGAGAAGGAUUUCCUGAUUGCUUGA